AUGGGAAAAAUAUUUAGUAAAAAAAAAGUUGAACCUGAUUUGACUAAUGAUGAAAUUGAGGCAAUUCGUGAAAUUUGGUCUAGAGCAAAAAAUGAAAAUGUUGGUAGGAAAAUUCUUUUAACACUUAUUGAAAAAAAACCAAAAUUUGCUGAGUAUUUUGGUAUUGGUUCAGAGAAUGUAGAUCCUAAAGAAUUGAUGGGAAAAAGAGAAUUUCAGUUACAGGCACAUAGAAUUCAAGGUUUUCUUGAUACAGCUGUUGGAUCUUUAGGUUAUUGUCCUAUGUCUUCUAUUUAUGAUAUGGCUCACAGAAUUGGUCAGAUACAUUUUUAUAAAGGUGUUAAUUUUGGGGCAGAUAAUUGGUUGGUAUUCAAAAAAGUUACAGUUGAUCAAGUUUCAAGAGUUAAUUUUAUUAAUAAUAAAGAUAUGGCAAGAAAAAGUAAUACAGCUUCAAUUAAUAAAAAUAUUUCUGAAGAUAGUGAAGAUAAUCUUGAAAUUAGAAAUAUUCAAAGACGUAAUGAAAGUAUUCCUUCAUAUAAUGAAAUGUAUGAAGUUCAAAAUUGUUUAGCACGUUUAGGAUGGAAUAAAUUUAUGACUGUUAUUGUAAGAGAAAUGAAACGUGGUUUCUUAGAAGAAGCAAUGAGAAAUUGUAAAGAGGAUGAAAAUUUACAACAACAAUAA